UGUAAGCGGCUGUGUUUACAAUUUUCUACGGGAAAGGAAAGUAGAUUUCAGUAGCGCUUUGCUCCACGAUUACAUUGAAAAUUAGUCGGAAAUCCAGUUUUGAGAUAGCUUCUGACAUGUCCUGUUGUGUACAUAUGAGACCCAAACUUGUAUUUGAUUCUGCGAAAGCUUGUUUCUAAAAGGUGUCGCGAAAAUGUGCGACAAAUUUAACCAGGAUGUUCAAUGUAAUCAAAUACAGGUGAAAUGUGAGAUGGAAGUUGCAUCUUCUGAUCAAAACAAAGAAAGUCAAUCAAACAUUGUUUGCAAUAAUGUUGAAGUAAGCCUAAAUCAAAGGAGAAAGCGUUUGCAUAUGGGCAUCGUUACGUGUGAUGAGGUUGGAAAUGCAUCCCUUGCUGAGCCGCAGGACCUUACAAGAAAUACAGAGAGAACAGAUGUUAACAGAGGGCUUUAUCCAGUUGUAAGAAACAAGAGAAGGAAAAUAGACACUGGGAAUGAUGAUGUACAAUUAAAUCAUAAUGCUGCAUGUCCGGGAUUUAUGCCGGCCUCACAAGCCCAUGGUUUUGUUUCUGCCAGUAACAUGUAUAGAAUUGACAAUUAUUCCAGACAGAACAAUGCUUCACCAGCAAAUACAUCUCAUUCAAAUUCCAGUUCACCUCGAAAACCACAAAAGAAAAUAAAGCAGAUUCUAAAUCAGGGAAGUAUUAUGAAUUUUAUUUCUUUAAAACCUAGUACACCAGAUAAGACUCACAGAAGCAAUGGUAUCAAAGAAGAAAAAGUUGAAUUAGACACUAAAAAUGAGAAGGUAUCUGCUACUACUGCUGAACAAAAAGAUGAUGAUGAUGAUGAUGACAUCAGUGCUUUAUACACGGGGAGAUCUGUGAUGUUUUCGCCAAUUAAGAAGCAGGGUUCAGAUGAUGACUCUACUGCAUGUAUCUACAUCAGCGACAGUAGCCCUUCCAGCAGUCCAGCUUCUUCGCAAGGCUCACGGACCAACAGUCAGAGGUCCACAGUUGCAAACAAUGUAGUUGUUAAAAGACUGUUUGAAGCCCAAAAGACUGUUGAUAAAAAUGUACCCCAAAAAGGACCUAUGAAGCGGAAAAGUAUAAGUCAGAAACCCAGCACAUUGCCAUUCAUUUCAAAGAAUGAAUUAAGCAAUCUUAAAACUGAAGCUGCAAAGUAUUUUGAAAAUGACAGUUUUGAUAUGAAUGCUGUGUUUAACUCCGAUAUGGAGGAUUUUGCUGACAGUCCAAAGCCACCAAUUCCAGUUUCUAAAGCAAUUAAAUCAGACAAGUACGGUCUUUUAGGAACAGGCUCAUAUCCAAGAGAGAACUCUGAGAAAGUCAAUUACUUUGAACGUCUUCCACCAGAAGUGCUGGAGAACAUAUUUUGUCAGUUGCCAAUGCUAGACUUGUCCCUCAACAGUAACCGCGUCUGUUCUCAGUGGAACUCAAUAAUUGGCAAUGAAAAGUUUGUUCCCUGGAAGAAGCUCUACAGCCAACUGAAGCGUAACCAUGGUGACAGUCGUCAACGGCUACAGGAAAUCAUGUCUAAACACCACAUGACAUUCCCGUCCAAGUACCUGGCUGCACUUGUCAGGUACAUGCGUGAUUUCAAGCCAGUAACAGCAGGAAACAUGAGAGAGUGUCUGAGUCGUCAUAGUAAAUACAAGCUGGCUUCUCAACUCUUGGAGGAGAGGCUGCCGGACUGUGUCAUACAUAAGAUCCCCAACCCUUGGAGCGUGAUCGCCCUGUUGGUGAUAUUGGCCCCUGACGUGUACGAGAUCCAGGAGAUCAUGAGCUGCCUGUCCAUCCCCACGUCCCAGUGUACAGCCAUGGAAAUCAUUGAGUGCCUCUACUGUAUUGCCUGCUUCCUGUUUGCGUUCAAGCUGGCUAAACGGGCAGAUGUUUGGAACGGGAUGCACUAUCGUCUAUUCUACGCACUAUAUCUGUUUGAAAAUGCUUCAUCUUCUUCCGCUGGCGAUCUCAAAACCAUCAUGGCAGACAGCAAAGCAGGGCAGCAGUCACUGUAUAAAUACAGUGCUGCUCAGGAUAGUGUACGGUUGACCCAUGAACAACUGCGGAUUGUGAAACACCAGGCAGGGCCUCAUGAAGUCAUUAAAAUUGUCGCAUUCGCAGGUACGGGAAAGACAACCACACUUGUACGCUACACACAGUUUCGCCCUGACAAGAAGUUUCUGCUGGUUGUUUACAACAAGUCUGUACGUGACUAUGCAAAAACCAAAUUUCCACAUAAUGUUGAGUGCCGCACUGGACAUUCAUUGGCAUUUGGAGUGUUUGGAAGACGAUUUGCGCACAAGUUGGGAAAUCUCAAGGUUUACACACUGACGCAGGCUCUCCAAGCUCGCAAGGGAAUCAACCUCUACCUACAGGCUAAGUUCGUCAUGACGACCCUCGAGAAUUAUUUUGCUUCAGCUGACGAAGCAAUAUCCAUGGAACACGUGCCGAGCGAACAGAUGGAUGAGAAAACUGGGCUGAAGACAGCGAUUAACCUCGGUGAAAAACGGGCCCUGGCAAUGGAUGCUCAGUCUAUCUGGCACAAGAUGCAGGAAUACAAUGAAAAGAAGGUUGUCAUGACCCAUGACGGCUACUUGAAACUGUACCAGCUUUCUCGCCCGCGUCUCGACAGAUACAACUGUAUUCUCAUAGAUGAGGCACAGGAUCUCACACCUGCCAUCACAGACAUCUUGUUACGGCAGCCACAGGGUAAAAUACUUGUUGGGGACCCUCAUCAGCAGAUCUACAGUUUUCGAGGGGCGGUCAAUGCCAUGGAACUUAUCCCAGCUGACACAGUCUUCUAUCUCACUCAGUCUUUCCGGUUUGGCCCCGAGAUUGCCCAUGUGGCCAUGAGUUGUUUGGAGGUUUUGAAAGGGGAGACUAAGAAAACUCUCGUAGGCAGUGGGAAAAAAUGUCAAAUCAACGGGGACAGAGUUGGUCAGUUAGCCAUUAUCUGCCGGUGUAACUUUACUGUGUUCAGCGAAGCAGUGAAAAAGUGUUGCUACUCGAAUGAGGAAUGCAGGGUUGCAUUUAUUGGCGGUACAGACAAUUUUGGCUUUCCAAUGCUCAUGGACAUGUACAGUCUAACGCUGCCUCCGAAUGAAAGAGACAAAGAGGGUCAUGUAAUAAAGAACAAGUUUGUUGCCAUGUUCAAAACACUUGGCGAUCUGGAAAAGUUUGCGACAAAAUCACUGGACGUGGAGCUACAGGGAAAGAUUAAGAUUGUGAAGACGUACCACCACAAUCUGCCCGUGUUUAUAAACAAGAUCCAGAGCAAGUGUGUGCGGGAUGAAAGGCAAGCAGACUAUGUGUUCAGUACCGCCCACAAGGCCAAAGGUCUUGAGUUCAGCACAGUGCGGGUGACCGACGACUUUGCGGGUGACAUUUCCCGGGCAAUCAUUGUGAUGCCCAACCCAGUGGCAGGGCUCGCUGACCUUGCACGUGGGUGGGGCGGGGAAGAGAAUGAUCGGGAGGAGGACCUGAACUAUAUCGCCGUCAGACCCAGCAGUGAGUGUAAGGAGGAUGAGCACAAUCUACUUUACGUGGCCGUCACCCGUGCCAAGAAUGCCCUCCAGAUGUCGCCUACCCUUCUUACUAUCCUCAAAAGAGCUGGGAUUCGGUUCACAUACCCAGUAUCGAGUGCAAAGCUUGCAGAGCGAGUUGUGCCGUUUAGGUGUUUGGAGACGAAUGCAGAGUUCAAACCCCACUGUGUGACCCUGGAGAAGCAGAAAAUUACCUUGGCUGAUGGGACAGUCAGAGAAGGAGGGGUGUAUAGCCCCGCCCUGCUGACGGAGGACAGUCACAGCAUGGCGGAACUGUUGGGGCUUUCUCCACAGGAGAUUAAGGAAAAGCAAAAACUGGAGGAGAAAUUAUGAUCCCACCAUACUAAGGUGUCCAGCUGAAAUCAAAACAAACAUGGAGUGGGACUUGUUUAAAUUUGUGAUGUGUUAUACAUGUAGUUGAAGUUGACAUCAAAGACUGUACCGCUAUAUUCUCACUGUCAUUAUGAAACAAUUCGUUUUACACGAGAGUACCAAAUUCAGUGCAUGCUCAUGUGUUACUUUUAUCUGUCAUUUUCUGUGUUUUUGGUGCUACUAUUAUGACAGUAUAGUGGUAUAUGGUGUUUCAUUUGAAUGUUUCGAUGUUUAAAGAUAUUGUGUUUACAAUCUACAUUUGUAUUUAUUUAUUAAUGAAAAUAUUAAAUGAAAAUAUAAUUAUUGUACGUUUAAAACCAAGUGGGGUGUUCCUCCAGUAUUUACUUGGGGUAUUAUUGGCAAUAUCUUAUAUUGUAUGGUAGCAGUUGGUUCUACUUGACUGAAUAAUAAAUAAGGGAUUGUCAUUAGUUGUCUUGUACAGUAUAACAGCACACAGUUUAAGAGAAUUUUAUACCAAAAAACGCUUAAAUACUUACUUUUCACAUGCAUCUUACCAGCUCGCUAGACUAGUCACCAGAUGAUACCAUGGAAAAAAAAUUAAAAUCCCAGUAAAU